AGGUCUAAUCUGCACAGGCAGUAUGUUGCUGUUUCCAGUCCUUCUUGCAACUUCAUUUUGGUCCUGUGUAGACAUGCAGUUUGUGCCAGUGCAAACCCCAGAGCUGCAGAACCAGAUGAAGGACACGUCUGCCAGCAUGUCAUGUCAACUGAGGGACAAAACCAUUGUGCACUGGUACAGGCAGCUUCACGGAGAGCCGCCGAAAAGGAUACUGUACGAGACUGGAGGGGCACCUGUUUUUGAUGACAACAACAAUAAAAAUAGAUUUCAAGUUCAGAACGAUCCUACUCAGCCUGUAUAUCGUCUCAUGAUAAGUUCUUUAACCCCGAGGGAUUCUGGCAUUUAUUACUGUGGAUACUGGAUGUUUCAGGGUGUAAAGGCUUUAGUCGCCGUGAUUGGUUAUUAUAACAAGGUGUUUGGCUCAGGCACAAAACUUGUUGUCUCAGAAAAAGGAAGUUCUCCCCCAGCAAACUCUGAAAUCCUGCAGAAAAAACAUGAAAAUCAGAUAACCUAUGUUUGCCUUAUUGAGAAAUUCUACCCAGAAGUUAUUAGGGUGACAUGGACUGAAGACAAAAAGGAGGUAACAGACAACGUAGUAAAAGGAGACACUUGGCUGUCCAGAAAAGAGGAUGAAUACUCAAUUGCCAGUUGGUUAACUGUGCCAGCAGAGAAUGAGGACAAGAAAUACUACUGCAAAUAUGAGCAUGAAAAGGAAAAGGCUUCACUGUCAACACAAGUCGAUUCUGUGAAGACUGCUCCUCAGGAAGAGGACUGCAGAACAGUUUUCAAUAGAGAUCAGUUAAUGCACAGGACAGCAUAUUUAAUAUAUAUCAUCCUUCUUCUGAAGAGCUCCAUGUACUAUCUUAUCAUACUCUUCUUCAUCUACAGAGUGUGGGCUUCAACCAAGCACCAAGGAAAGAAAGCAUAAAUGCUGUUUUGAGAAAGGGGUACAAAUUGAUCUUCAAUUUACUUUGCCGUGUGCUUAUCCAUAUAGACUCCCCUGCUCUUGGUGUUGGAACAGAAAAAAAAAAAAAAUCCAAAAUAAUAUUCUGGUAUUAGUGCAUAAGGGCUCAUUUUGCUUUACUGCUAGUGUUUUUAUAUCAGGCUAGUUUUCCUAAUUUUUUUCUGAAUAUUGAAUAAAGAUAGGCAAUAGGAAUAAUGCAUUUUAAUCCAAGUCUGUAUUGCAAAAUGAAGAAGGUAGCCAUGUCAAAAGUGGAUAUGCAUCCAGAAGCUUAGGGGUAUAACAGGGCUUUUGACAUAUAAAGUACAGAUGUGUUUUGUCACUGCAUUUAAAGCUUUGUUAGGAGCAUUCCUGUACAGGAAAUUCACAGGUUUGGUUCAUUUUUACUUUUAGUGAUUUGUUGCAACUCUCAUGUAUCCAACAAAUCUGGAAUUAAUUAUUCUGAAGUGGUGUGCUUUAAGAGACAAUUAGACAAAAUUUUUAAAAGUGAACAAAAGAAUUUUGAAUUAAGAAAUCAGAUGAGAAUAAAAGAGAUUCUAAAGUGUACAUGUGCAGAAAUUGAAGAAAUCCACCAGCACUGUGACAUGGUCUGAAAAUCUGCACAUUGUAAUUUAAUAAAAAAGAAAACAAUCACAAUGGUCUUGAACAUCACCUUAUUUAAGGACACCUUUUAAAACUGAGCAAAACUGCAAAUGUGAAGCUCUGAUAAAAUAUAUUCACAAAGGGAGAAAAAUUCUCAGAUACUUUGAACCCUUAAUCUCCCAGUUCCACAAAUCAAUUCCUUUCAAAUUUAUGCGUAGAAGUAGGAAGUGGACGUAUUGGGAUAAAUCACUUGCUUGGUUUUGGGCAAAACUCUGCCCUAGGUUUUGGAGAUAUGCCCCUAUAGC